AUGACUCACACUGUAGACCGCCCUCAUAAGUGCGAAAUAUGCAAUAAAAGAUUUUUAAAGCUAUGUUAUUUAAAAAGACAUUUAUCAGUGCAUACGGUAAACACCACAUGUGAGACAUGUGGCAAAACAUUUAGAUCAAGAUUCACAUUAAUGCAACAUGCUAGAGUUCAUACCGGAGAACGUCCUUACGGUUGUAGAUUUUGCAAUAAAGCAUUUGCUACAACACAAGGAUUAAACUACCAUGAAUUGACCCAUUCUGGAGAACGUGAUUAUAAUUGUGAUAUAUGCAAUAAAACAUUUAAAAAACAAAACGAGCACUAA